AUCUGGCUCCUUCUCACUGAAUCUCUUGCUCUUGAAACUGGAUUUUCACAACAGAAAAAUAAAGCUCCUCCGAACUGUGACAGAUUUGGCAUCCGGGAAGCCGGUGAGCACCUGGUUUUUCUAUGCCUCUUUUCUAUAGCUAUUUGGCAGUAGUAUCAAUCUUUUCUGGGUUCUAAAACUGAAUUCUCAUGCUCAACAUAGGCUGUCUUGUGCUGAUCUCCAAUAGCCCCGAGUCUUACUACAUCUUACUACUAUCUCCAAUAGCUCUGAGUCUUCUACUGUGGACUGCUGAUCUCUAUCUACUCUGGUAUAUCCGUUUCGAAACAAAAUCUACUCCGGUAUACCUGGAAAACAAGGAAUGAGUGAAGUUUCAAGGCAGUAGAUAUUAUUAACAUCAAGCCAAUCUUACACCUAACAACUGCUGCUUAUACUUGCCUGUUCUGAUUUAGGUUCAGAUGGAAAUCUCAUACUACCUCCGUCUAGGUGAAUAAGUCAUUCGCGUAGUUUUAGGUCAUCGAUUUGAGGAAUUAAAUAUGUGCUAUAUGUCAUGAAAAGUAUAUCACUAGAUUUCUACAACGAUGUAGUUUCUAAAUAUAUAUUUUUUAUCACAUAUAAUAUAUAUUUAGAUAGUUAAAUCGUUAAUCUAGAACUACGCGAAUGACUUAUUCACCGAGACGGAGGUAGUACUACCUUGAGCAUGGUACCAGGAGACAGACAGGAGCAAAAGCCUGCUCAGCAAUGGGGACCAAGAAUUUGGAAGCACACGAAAGUGCUACAUUCUGCAGUACCUUCUGGGCCUGAACCUGCUCCCGCUCUGCGCUGCUGAGAUUCCAAGCCACAGCUCCCUGUUUCUCGAGCACCUCCAUUUUCCUGCUCCUCUGGAAACACGGCAAUCAUACAAGCAAUUACUAACUCUGAAGAUGUUGCCAUGUCAGGCACUGAACGGCUUCCUCAAAUAAGAGGGAAGUUUUACCCCCCGAGGCAUUGUUCACCCACCCGAACACUACUAAUCCCCCACUUAUCCCUUCCCCCACAAUCCUUGUAACUGUGUACCAUUCCGUUAAAUCCCAUCCCCAAGUCCAAGAAACAAGUAACAGCACAUCCACACAUGAAAUUUACUGUAUGUGCUAGUGCCAUACACAAAGCAAAGGAGAGUUCAGUAUGGUUUCGCGACAGGAAUAGCGUUGCAUCUUCGGCAUACUUUUGAGCAGCUAAUUAUUCACUUGAGACAAAUAAACUUCGAGGGGGUGGUCCACGUUGGCGACUCUCCGCCGGUUGCCGCCGCUGUCUUCCCCCUGCCGCUCCUCACGCCUCAUGCGGAGAUGCGGCCGCAUCUGCGCGGAUCUCGCCUCGCUCUGGCGUCGGCUCCUCCGCCGGUCGCAAGUCGCCGGCCUCCGGCAUUGUCGCGCCGCACGGCUGCCGCCUGCCGGGAACUCGUACGCUUGGCAGCGAAUCUGAUAAGUCCCGUCUCAACUUUUGUUUGCUCUCUACAGAUUCGAAGCCCAUCUAAUCCCAACUUUGUUGAAUUGUUUUGACUGCUUAGCAUCUGCAAUCUCGCUGUCUUCCCUUCUUUUAGUGCGUAUGGUUGCAACGAAAGAUCCACCAUAUAAUCACCAAGAAACGACAGGGCUGAAUACUUCGUUUGGAGCAUAUAGCAUAUUGUAGCAGCAACUGUGUGAUGUGAUGAUACUAAAUUAAGUAGCCCAUCUAGUUGCAGAAUUAACUACUAAUUGAUUUGGACCAGGCUAAUUAAAGAUAAACAAGCUAGGAAUGGAGAAGCCUGACUUUUUCUCAUUGGGGGGAGACGACUCUCUACAUAGCUGUAGAACUAGUGAAGAGUAUUCCCGUGUCGACCUGGGCAGGGCAGCCAUCAUACACCUCGCAUCCAACUUGUGAGCAGUAAGUGGAAGAGAGAGAGCUUGCACCCAGUGGUGCUGAUGGCGUCGAGGAGCAGCACCGACGACACGAAGGAAAAUGCCGUGCAAGUGUCGGUGGAUGCCAAACUGACGGUGGCCGCAGGCCGUGGCAACUGUCAGCAGUUGAAGGAUCUGCUGAGCACGGAGGAUUCGAAGACAAUGCUGGUUGUGAUGGCCCCAAGCAUCCAGGCUUCCACGGUGAAGUCUCUCCCAGAGGUCAUGAGCCCCCUUCUGCUAUCAUCGGCUUGCUCUGGCGCCUGGCAAGACUUGGAAUUUCUUCUCAACAGGGGACACGGUCAGCCGCAUCCUUCCAUGAAUUCUAGUACAAAAUUUCAUGACCUUCUCACGGCAUAUGGCUCCCACAGCUGCGGCGACAAAGGCGCAUCGAUGCAGAAAGCUUCUGAUGAUGUUGAAGCACUUCUGAACCUGCCUUCAGGUUCUACCGUGUCACUUCUGGACGGGGUCACCAUUGAAGGGGGCACUGCACUCCAUGUGGUGGCCACAUAUGGCGAGAGUGAUGGAUUCUUGAGGAGUGCUGACAUCAUCCAUAGUAAGGCAAGCCAUCUCCUGUUUGUGCGUAACAAGAAUGGUGACACGCCCCUGCACUGUGCUGCACGGGCCGGGAUGUCCCGAAUGGUCCGUCAUCUCAUCACUCUGGCCAGAGGCGAGAAUACAGGUGUUAACAGAGUGAAGGAACUCCUAGAAAUUGAAAACAGCCUUAAGGAGACAGCAUUGCAUCAAGCAGUCCGUAUUGGAAAUAAUGACAUAGUCAAGCUGCUAAUGGAGGAAAACUCGGAGUUGGCCAGUUUUCCGAAAGACGGCACUUCACCUCUGUACCUGGCCAUCUUGCUGGAAGAGGACAUCAUUGUUGAGACACUUUAUAAUGCGAGUCACAUGAAACUUUCCUACUCUGGGAAAAAUGGACAGAAUGCGCUGCAUGCUGCGGUUCUCCGAGGCACAGAGCUUACAAAAAAGCUCUUGGAAUGGAACAGUGAUCUCACUAUACAAAGGGAUGAAAACGGGAGUACGCCUCUCCAUUUUGCUGCAGCUCUGGCACAGCAAAGUCAGCGAGGAAGUAUAUGUUGGCAAGUAUUGGAAGCGAACUCAGCUGCAUUGUAUCAGUCAGAUUGCAACGGAUUAUUUCCAAUACACGUUGCUGCCUCUGUUGGUGAAAGUGGGACAGUAACUAUGUUCCUUAACAAGUCUCCGAGCAGUGCUGGUUUGCAGGACAGUAUGGGAAGGACAUUCCUUCAUGUAGCUGCUGAGAAAAGGAAAGUUAGAAUAGUCAGUUCUGCUUGCAGAAAUCAAUCACUCUUAUGGAUUCUUAAUAUCCAAGACAAUGAUGGGAACACUGCACUACACCUAGCUAUCCAGGCACGGAGUCUUCGAAUGUUUUGUGCUUUGUUAGGGAAUCGACAAACACAUUUGAAUUUAUCAAAUAAUAUGGGGCAAACUCCUCUAGAUAUAUCACCAUAUGGGGUUCCCCCAGGAUUUUUUGAUGAACAGAACAGUGAAGCGAAGAUACACUUUGCACUGACAGUUGUUAAUGCUAGGAGUGGUGGCAGUCGUCGUGAUCACUUUGAAGAAAACUACACUCGUCAGUUAAAAUAUGAUGAAACGGAACAAUUAGAAAAGUUGAAAGAACCAACACAAACACUAUGUAUUGGUGUGGCUCUAGUUGCAACUGCGACGUUUACUGUUACUUUUGCCCUUCCUGGAGGUUACAGAGCUGAUGAACAUAUUAAUGGAGGAACACCAACACUUGCCGGGAGGUAUGCAUUUGAUGCAUUCAUAAUAGCCAGCACAUUCUCCUUCGUCUUGUCUGUGAUGGCUAUGAUAGGUCUCAUGUAUUCUGGAUACUCUAUUUUAAACCCACAGACUCGUAGAAUUUACUUGAUCGCAGCCUUGUAUUUUGGGUCAACAUCGGGCACAUGCUUCCUAGCAACUUUUGCAUUAGGUUUGUACAUGGUGCUAGCACGGGUUGCUCACAAGUCCGCCAUUGCUAUCUGCGUCAUUAGCCCUCUUGCUGUUAUAUGCAAACAAAUGGACCUUUGGUUAAAGUGGGCUCUUCUGGCACAACCAUUAUGUACCCGAAUUGGGCUAACUCGUACACUGGUAAUGGUGACAACGAGAAUCCUUUUCAGCAUGUUGAUGGAAUUUUGGCCCAUAAUAUUCAUUUUUGUUUGGGCCACAUAUACAAGCAACCAGUUUUAGAAAUGGAGCAUAUGCAACUACCAGCACUCAUGACUUGAAGAUGCAUCAAACACAGAACUUUUUCGGUGAGAUGUUUUCAUGGACGUCCCGGGGAUUUGGGAUUCAGGAUUUAUUGUAGUCGUCAGUCUAUUUUUCUCUUCGGAAUAUUUCGUAUGUUUGAAUAAUGUUAUGUUGUGAUGUACCGUUUUGUUCAACAAUUUGCGCUCAUAAUCAUGUAAAUGCUGAUUACCUCUGCUAUU